GGGGCGGGGCGCGCCGGGGCGCCCGAAGAGACAGGCUCGAGGGGCGGCCGGGGUCCCCACUAUGGACCGCUAUGCGGUGCCGGGGGACGAGGCGGCCGACAGGGCCCGGCAGCAGGAGCGGCACUACCAGCUGCUGUCAGCGCUGCAGAGCCUGGUCAAGGAGCUGCCCAGCUCCUUUCAGCAGCGCCUGUCCUACACCACGCUCAGCGACUUGGCCCUGGCGCUGCUCGACGGCACGGUGUUCGAGAUCGUGCAGGGGCUUCUGGAGAUCCAGCACCUCACCGAGAAGAGCCUGUACAACCAGCGACUGCGGCUGCAGAACGAACACCGAGUGCUCAGGCAGGCUCUGAGGCAGAAGCAUCUGGAAGCCCAGCAGUCCUGCCGGCCCCACAACUUGCCAGUGCUCCAGGCAGCUCAGCAGCGUGAGCUGGAGGCCAUGGAGCAUCGGAUCCGGGAGGAACAGCAGGCGAUGGACCGCAAGAUUGUCCUGGAGCUGGACCGCAAGGUUGCUGACCAGCAGAGCACACUGGAGAAGGCGGGAGUAGCUGGUUUUUACGUGACCACGAAUCCUCAGGAGCUGACUCUGCAGAUGAACCUAUUGGAACUCAUCAGGAAGCUACAGCAGAGGGGCAGCCAAGUGGGAAAGGCAGCCCUGUGACCGAGGGGGGCGUCCCUGUGUGCUCCGUUGCCUAGAGAGACUGUCGACACAGCCUUGUCACUGUGUGGGAGCUACUGACCGCCCAGCUGUCAACAGGUGUGAUCUU